CAUCCAGAUGGAGGGCUGUACACCAAGGGACCCUCCUACUCGAGUUAUUCUGGCUACAUAAUGAUGCCAAACAUGAAUAACGACCCGUACAUGUCAAAUGGAUCUCUUUCUCCACCCAUCCCGAGAACAUCCAACAAGGUGCCCGUGGUGCAGCCGUCCCACGCCGUCCACCCGCUCACCCCCCUCAUCACCUACAGCGACGAGCACUUUUCCCCAGGAUCACACCCGGCGCACAUCCCUGCCGAGGUCAGCUCCAAACAAGGCAUGUCCAGGCACCCUGCGGCUCCCGAGAUCCCCACCUUCUACCCCCUGUCUCCAGGCGGUGUCGGACAGAUCACCCCGUCCCUCGGCUGGCAAGGUCAGCCUGUCUAUCCCAUCACGGGAGGAUUCAGGCAGCCCUACCCAUCCUCACUCUCAGUGGACACCUCCAUGUCCAGGUUUUCCCACCACAUGAUUCCUGGCCCUCCUGGUCCCCACGCGACUGGCAUCCCUCACCCCGCUAUCGUCACGCCUCAGGUCAAGCAGGAGCACCCCCACCCUGACAGCGACCUCAUGCACGUGAAGCCUCAGCAUGAACAGAGAAAGGAGCAGGAGCCCAAGAGACCUCACAUCAAGAAGCCUCUGAACGCGUUCAUGUUAUACAUGAAGGAGAUGAGGGCGAACGUCGUGGCCGAGUGCACGCUGAAGGAGAGCGCCGCCAUCAACCAGAUCCUGGGCAGGCGGUGGCACGCCCUGUCCCGGGAAGAGCAGGCGAAGUACUACGAGCUGGCGCGGAAGGAGAGGCAGCUCCACAUGCAGCUCUAUCCCGGCUGGUCUGCAAGAGACAAUUACGGUAAGAAAAAGAAGAGGAAGAGAGAGAAACUGCAGGAGUCGACAUCAGGUCCCCGAAUGGCAGCUGCCUACAUCUGAAGCAUGGUGGAAAACGAAGCUCCUUCCCCACGUGCAAAGCCAAGGCGGCGGCCCCAGGGCCCCUCCUGGAGAUGGAAGCUUGCUGAACC